AGUUCCGUGCGAACGCAAGGGUUUUGGUGAAGUCAUGAGAAAGCGCCGUUUGUUUUGUUUUUCACGCGUUAUUAAGCUUCUACGAUUCUCUGGACGACUUUUAUUUCUGAAUUGUAUGCAUCGCUAGCCUUUUAAGAGGGAUUCGGGAUAUUUUUGUCCUAAUGUCAAAGAGCAGCGAGCGGCCUUGGAAUAUUCAAACAUGCUGUUCUUCACUAACUUAUUUGCUGUAGUGGAAUGCAAGGGGAAUACUGCUGAAAAGGGAGUUGCAUCACUGCGUUUUUGAUUGAAAUGGAUAGAUCCGCACUGACUUGUCUCAUAUAAACUGUUUAAAUGCUUUCAAUUCAUUCAGUCUGUUCAAUGAGACUGAAUCAUAUGUUUUUGAGUCUAUGACACACUCAAUUUACUCUCGGUUAGAUUCAGUGGAAUCGCUAAUCAACGAGCUUCCAUAUAUGUUUUAUCUCGGCCUAUUUUUUGUCAAUGUCUUAAUUCUUUACUAUGCCUUUUUAAUGGAAUACAUAGUCCUUAAUGUAGGGAUAGUAUUUUUGCCAGAGGAUAUGGACCAGGCACUGGUGGAUUUGGGUGUUCUCUCUGACCCAGCCUCUAUUCCCUAUGACACAGACACUGAGCUGGAUGUUUUUGAGGGAUAUCUGGAAUAAACUACUAUGACUGGCUAUCCCAGUCGAAGCUUUUGUGGGGAAGAUGUCAUCUGGCCGAUUCAUUUGGUGGCUGGAGAACCAUUGUCAAAGGGAACUGCAUAUCAUCUCUGCAGACGUAAAAAGAUGUUGCAGUGUGCAAAUUAUAAAAAAAAUGACUUUCAUGAAUGAGCUGUCCAUGUUCAGGGGACUGACCUGCAAGCAAGCCACCGUGCCACAUGGAAUAUUUACCUGGAACAGAUAAGCCGAACGCACUAUGUGGUUUGCCAUGAAGCCGCCAGUCAGUAUCUCUUCAGAGAUUAAAUUCGGGCACUAACCACUACUGUGGAUAUAAAUGUCACAUCAGCCUAUUUAUUUUUAGUUUGGCAUUUAGCACUCAAGCAGGAUUCUGUGUCAGCCCUGCAAGGGCUUGUUAUUACCUAUAGACAACUCGCUUAUUUAUACAUGGUCUGCCUCAGCAUGGUUUCAUUCCCUUUAAUACUAUUCAAAUGAGCAAUACAUCAUGAGACAAACAGGGUGUUCUUGAGUUUUUUUUCUAAAAGACUCUCUUUGAAACCGCAUAUUUGUGACAGCCUGAAAAAAUGAUAUAUUUGAGUUUCAGUUACCCACUCUAUAUAUAUUUAAUAAAUGAUUAAUUGCA